GAAAGAUGAUGGAACAAGAAAAUGUGGAUAUGAUGACCUUUAUGAUGAACCAAGCCAAAGUUGCAUCAGAAAUAACAGAGAGAAUACUUGGAAACCAGGAUAUAUAUAAGGCUGUAGAAAACAAUAAGUAUGAUAUAGCGAUAGUCGAUGGAAUGCCAUUCACCAAAGGAUUAUAUGUGAUUCCAUAUCGACAUGGAAUACCAUUUACGACUUUGACAACAGGGUUUUUUCCACCUGACAUUGGGGUACCUUAUCUCCCAUCAUUUAUGCCUUCAAUGCUUUCAACAAACACUCCUGAAAUGACAUUCUUCCAAAGGGUGCAAGAGGUUGCCUUUGCCAUUGGAGUGUCAACAAUGAAAUGGCCGAAAACAGAUGAAACGUUUGUAAGGAAUUUUGCUCCUGGUAAAGACAUUAUCGACCUAAACAAACUGUGUAAGAAAGCAGAGAUGUGGUUCGUUAAUUCUGAUGUCCUCCUUGACUACAUCCAUCCAACUACCCCAAACAUGAUCGAAUGUGGUGGUCUUACGACAAAACCAUCAAAACCAUUACCGACUGAUCUCAAUGAUUUUGUAUCAAAUUCCAAAAAUGGUAUAAUUGUUGUUUCAUUUGGUUCAAUGGUUUCAGAUUUUCCUCAUAAAAUCAUAGUCAACCUUGUUGAAGCGUUCAAAAAAGUGGAUCUUGA